AUGUCAUACUACGAUGUUGACGCAAUUCUGACGGAAUCGCAGAAACUGCCAUGUACUUUCCAACUAGAUGUACCCGGCUUGGGGUAUCUUGACGGAAGCCCGGGCGAGACGAUUACGGCCGGAACCAAGAUCGAGCUCCCGUUAUGGCUGGGAACGAUGUUGGCCGUGGCGAACAGCAACAAUCCGUCGCAGUCAGCCCUGGUGACGCUGGACUUCCCGGCACCAUUGCAGACCCGGGUGAUUAAUGCACUCGAGGCAGAUCCAAAGUCGGUGGACAUCAGAGCGCAGGCGCCGCAUUACUACGCGCUGGGAUCGAAGAUCCUGGAGCUGUUUGAAGAUGAUCAGAUUGUGGAAGUCUUAUUGAAGACAUUUAGACAAAGAGCAGCAGAGAUUGCAGACCACGCGCACAAUCCAAGGGGAGCACUUGGAGAAGGACAGGAGUUUCUGCGCGGAUUGGACGAAAUGGAGAGGCAGCUGUUCAAAGCGGCUCAUGAGGGGCCCAAGGCGGUCCGACAGUGGCUGAUAGAUAUGAAGAGGAUCAGCUAA